AUAAGCCCACCUCCUUCCUUCCACCACACCCACAAUUCCUUCUCCUUCUCCUUCUCUUCCCAUUUCUCUGCAAUCUUCAAACGAGCUCAAAGCUUCAUCAAUGGAGGACUACUACUGCCGGAGGAACUACAUUCCGAGCUUCGGAAACUGGGAAUGGAACGACCAUCUCCGCUUCUCCCACUGCUUCGAAUCAUCCAGAAUCGCCGGAUAUCCCCACGACACCGAUUUGUACGUCACCGGCGAUUUGUACGAAAACGACGUUGUCACCCCUGCAAUGAUCGUCGUCCCUCGCCACAGGAGGAAGCGAGAGAAACAGGGGAAGCAAGGAAAGAAGGCAAACUGGAUGAUGAACAUGAAGGAAACAGAGAGCCCUCCUCAUGAACUGCUGCAAUUCCCAAGGCCUAAGCCCAAGCCAGUCGACGAAGACUUAUACAAAAUCCCACCCGAGCUCCUCGCCAAAUCCAGAAAGAAGAGGGGGCUGAGCUUCUUUGCAAACUGGUUUGUGCCAAAUUGUUUGAUAUGAAGAAGAAGAAGAAGAAGAAGAAGAAGAAGAAGAAGAAAGAGAUGAUCAGCUAAAUGAGUGUAUAUUGUUGUUAUCAGAAAAACAGAGACAGCCCACAUAGUACAUAUCUGUUGGGAUGUUUUGAGUAUCAAAUUCAUAUGAUAUUGAUAUAUAUUUUGAAAAAUCAUAGAUAGCAAGAACUGGGCUUUCUUAUAUUUGUAAUUUUGUGUUUUGGGAUGUGUGUUUUUAAUAUGAGGGGAGAAUUAUUGGUUCAAUGUUCUCCCAUUGGUUACUAUGUUGGGUUCUUCGUUAAGUUCGAUCAUAGUAAAAGACCAUCGUUUUAUUUA